AUGGCAACAAGCGUGUUCAACGGGUACGCGUUAAUGAAAAGCGGCAGUAGAUGCGCACCUGAAAUGGAUAGCAAAUCGAAGCAGGCGAAGGAAAAACCGAGCACGCCGCCGCGGCCCCGUGCAGUCGGUAAUGAUCUGCAAAGCGUGAAACAGCGACAACCGCAGCGACAGCAGGAGCCCACCCGGGUGUUGGACCGCACCGAAGCAAACCAAGAGCCGAAUUUAUCGCAACCUGCAGCAGCUGGCAGCAGCGGAGGCGGUGACACCACAACAACAGUAGCAGCAGCAACACCAACAACAAGCAACACCAUGAGUGCAUCGUUCAACCGUGACCGCCUUGGACAAUGGCCCACCGAAAGCGACAGCGACAUCGCGGGGUCAAUCGCUGGCUUCGAUCGGCUCCGUCGCGGAAAGUUCAAUAAGGGCCUGUCCUUCAGCAUCGAGGAACGUCAGGUGCUCGGUAUCCACGGAUUACUGCCUGCGGUGGUGCGUUCGGAGGACGAUCAGGUCAAGCAUUGCCUGGAGCUGCUGAAUCACUACACGGAACCGCUGAAUAAGUACAUCUACCUGAUGGGGCUGCUGGAUCGCAACGAGCGGUUGUUUUACCGCGUGCUUGCGUCGAACAUCGGCGAGAUGAUGCCACUGGUUUAUACGCCCACGGUAGGGCUUGCCUGCCAGAAGUACAGUCUGGUGUUUCAGCAGCCACGUGGCCUGUACGUCACGAUCAACGACAAGGGCCACGUGUACGAGGUGUUGAAGAACUGGCCGGAAAGCGACGUACGUGCGAUCGUCGUGACGGAUGGCGAGCGUAUCCUGGGGCUGGGAGAUCUCGGAGCGAAUGGGAUGGGCAUUCCGGUGGGCAAGUUAGCGCUUUACACGGCACUGGCUGGGAUUAAGCCAAGCCAGUGUCUGCCCGUGACGCUGGACGUUGGCACGAACACGCAGAGUAUCCUGGAUGAUCCGCUGUAUGUCGGUUUGCGGCAUCGACGUGUCACCGGUGCGGCUUACGACGAGUUUGUGCAGGAAUUUAUGGAGGCCGCGGUGCGCCGGUUUGGGCGUAAUUGUCUGAUCCAGUUCGAGGACUUUGCGAACUCGAAUGCGUUCCGGUUUUUGGACAAGUAUCGGCAUGAUUACUGCACGUUUAACGACGACAUCCAGGGUACGGCUUCGGUGGCCGUUGCUGGGUUGUUUGCCUCACUGCGCAUCACGAAGACGAAGCUGUCGGACAACCGGGUGCUGUUCCAAGGUGCUGGUGAGGCCGCUCUCGGUAUCGCGCAACUUUGCGUGAUGGCGAUGCGUAAAGAUGGCCUCACGGAGGAGGAAGCCCGCCAGCGCAUUUGGCUCGUCGAUAGUAAGGGGUUGAUUGUGAAGGAUCGGCCAGCGGGAGGUAUCAGUGGCCACAAGCACCAUUUCGCGCAUGAGCACGCCCCAGUUGACACGCUGCUCGAGGCGGUUCAGGAGCUAAAACCAACCAUCCUUAUCGGGGCGGCCGCCAUCGCUGGCGCAUUCACACCGGAAGUCCUGCGUACGAUGGCGGCUCAUAACGAGCGGCCGGUUAUCUUUGCGCUCUCGAAUCCAACGAGCAAGGCGGAAUGUACCGCGGAACAGGCGUACGAGCAUACGGACGGUCGGGCGGUUUUUGCGUCCGGAUCACCUUUCGCACCGGUUCCGUACGGUGGCACCACGUUCUACCCGGGCCAGGGCAACAAUUCGUACAUCUUCCCGGGUGUGGCGUUGGGUGUGCUGUGCGCGGGCGCUUCUACCAUCCCGGAGGAUGUGUUUCUGCUGUCUGCCCAGCGGCUGGCCGAGAUUGUGACGGAUGAGGAUUUGAACCGGGGCAGUCUCUAUCCGCCGCUUGAGAACAUUCAAGCGUGCUCGAUUAAGAUCGCGACACACAUCAUGGAGUACGCGUACGCUGAAGGGCUGGCCUGUACGCAACCGGAACCGGAUGAUAAGGAAGCGUUCGUGCGUGCACAGAUGUACGAUGCCAGCUAUAAGUCGUCGGUGCCGCCGGUUUACGCCUGGCCGAAGCUGUAAAAGGCUAACCCUUUGCAACCGAUUUCUCACGCCCAUACCCCACCCCCUCCCGCAACCCAUUACAACAUGAUUUGCCUUUUUCUCCCCAAAUGUAUCGCACGUGUCCUUUCGUUAGGAAGCUGUUAUUACUGUCCCAUUGUAUUUGUUUCUAUUGUUUUGCGUUCGUUCGGUGAUAGAGGGAAAGAGGGCAAAAAGGGGGCGUUGUUUUUUGUUUUUUUUUUCUUUCUUUACUUGUGGUUUUUCUUUCUGUUGUUUUAAUCGUAGCCAGAUCAACGUGGAAAUCUUUCAAGCUGUGUAUAACACACAAAGGUUGACUUUAACGAGAGGAAACAAAGAGAGAGAGAGUUGAUUCAAAAUAAACUAAGCACUGCAUGUGGUGGUAAUAUACGGUAUUCUUCGUAAAAAUGCUUGGAAAAACGUUUCUAAGAGGCUCGUAUACGGAAGCUACGCAUCAAACUCUACGUGUUAAUAUUUGUCGAGUCCAAAAAGCAAGCAAAAAAAAGCUGUCCAAAUUGCACCAAAUAUAACCAGCUCCCUCUUUUGUAAAUGUUUACCGAAUUGAAAGUGAUAAUAAAAGUUGUAAAAUAAAUGGCCAAUAAUCUCUCUUUACACGUGAUGCAUGGCCGAUAAUUUUCACUCCACUAUCGCAUCUCGUACAUGUUCCUUCAUUAAAGCUUGCCGUUGUAAAUGUUGAUCUAUGCUCAAACCAUUCAACAUCACCAUACGCGCUUUGACCACCACCAUAAAAAAGACCACUUAGGUCAAUAUAUGCAGCACUGGUCAUUCCCCUUAUGUGGUAAAGGCUACAUUCCAAAUUUCCUGCAGCAGGGUCCAAACAAUUCGUUUACAAGGGCAGUUUGUGGGUCAGCUUAACUAAUUUGAGUCACCCAUAGCGAAGCUAAACUUUUGAAAAUGUAAGAUAAAUGGAUAACUUAAAGUUCCAACUAAUAUUCU